ACCGCGGGUGUCAUGGCGGUGCCCGGGGCGGCGGCGGUGCCGCUGCUGCUGCUCCUGCUCGGGGCGGCCGCGGGCUGCGGGUACCAGUCGUGCCCCCCGACCCGUCCGGACAUGCUGAACGUGCACCUGGUGCCGCACUCGCACGACGACGUGGGCUGGCUCAAGACGGUGGAUCAGUACUACUACGGGGUGCGGAACUGGGACCAGCACGCCGGUGUCCAGUACAUCCUGGACUCGGUGGUGGCCCAGCUGGCCGCCGACCCCUCCCGGCGCUUCGUCUACGCCGAGGUGGCGUUCCUGGCGCGCUGGUGGCGGCAGCAGGACCGGGCCACCAGGAGCCUGCUCAGGGAGCUGGUGCAGGAGGGCCGGCUGGAGUUCGUGGGGGGCGGCUGGUGCAUGAGCGACGAGGCGGCGGCGCACUACGGGCCGGCGCUGGAGCAGCUGGCGCUGGGCCGCCGCCUCCUGCGCCGCCUCUUCGGGGCCUGCGGCACCCCGCGCGUGGCCUGGCAGAUCGACCCCUUCGGCCACGCCCGCCACCUGGCCGCCACCUUCGCGCAGAUGGGCUAUGACGGGCUCUUCCUGGGCCGUGUGGAUCACCAGGACAAGUGGGUGCGGCUGCAGCGCCGGGAGCUGGAGCUGCUCUGGAGGGGCAGCAGCAGCCUGGAGCCCCCCCAGGCCGACAUCUUCACCGGGAUCCUGCCCAACGUCUACGACCCCCCGGCCGGGCUGUGCUGGGACCAGCUCUGCGCCGACGCGCCGCUGGUGGACGGCGACGGCCCCGAGCGCAACGUGGACGCCGUGGUCGACUCCUUCCUGGGGGCCGCGGCCACGCAGGCCCAGCAGUACCGCACCAACCACAUCCUCAUGACCAUGGGCUCCGACUUCCACUACGAGAACGCGCACCUGUGGUUCAAGAACCUGGACAAGCUCAUCGCCCACACCAACGCCCGGCAAGCCAACGGCAGCCGCGUCCACGCCCUGUACUCCACGCCCUCGUGUUACCUGCGGGAGCUGCACCGGGCCAACCUCACCUGGCCCCUCAAGACGGACGAUUUCUUCCCCUACUCGGACGGGCCCCACCAGUUCUGGACCGGCUACUUCAGCAGCCGCCCGGCGCUCAAGGGCUACGAGCGGCUCAGCAGCGGCUUCCUGCAGGUCUGCAGCCAGCUGGAAGCCCUGGCGGGGCCGGCGGCGCGGGUCGGUCCCUACGGGCCUGGGGACAGCUCCGUGCUCCGCGAGGCCGUGGCCGUGGCGCAGCACCACGACGCCGUGGCCGGCACCGAGAGGCAGCACGUGGCCAACGACUACGCCCGGCAGCUGGCCAAGGGCUGGGACACCUGCCAGGUGCUGGUGGCCAACGCCCUGUCCCUCCUGGGGGGCACCAAGGACCCCCUGGAAUUCUGCAACGCCCUCAACGUCAGCGUGUGCCCCCUCAGCGAGGCCAGCCCUCAGGUGAGCAUCCCGGAACACCGCGGCGCUGCGACGCUCUGCUCGCCGGAAAAAUCCAAGUGA